AAGCAUUUACAUGCGGUAGAUUUAAUAUUGAGUUUGAACGGUUUAUUAGAAACUCUGUUUGUAAAAUGGGUAAAAAAGAUAAAAACCAGAAAAAAGGCAAAGGUGCAGAAAAAACGGCUAUGAAAACGGACAAAAAAUUAGUUGCAAAACAGAAAAAACUUAUCGCAAAACUUGGAGAGGAUGAUAUAGAGUCUGUUGUUGCGAAAUACGAAUUAAAGGAUAACAAAUCCUCAAUUCUAACAGAAACAAUAUGUGCACCUCCCUCUGCCCGUGUGAAUUUUUCUAUCUGUUCUCAUCCUGACAAAGAGGAACUGUUUAUCCACGGUGGUGAGUUCUACAAUGGUCAAAAAACAGUCGUGCACGGAGAGUUCUAUUGCUAUAGCAUAGUAAAAAAUGAUUGGAAAGAACUUAAAGCAACUAACAGUCCUGCUCCUCGAAGCGGUCAUCAGAUGGUAUCCGUCAGUACAGAUGGUGGACAGAUUUGGUUGUUUGGGGGCGAAUAUGCUUCCCCGUCUCAGUUACAAUUUUAUCACUAUAAAGAUAUGUGGGUGUUCAGAAUCGCAAAGAAGCAAUGGGAAAAAAUCAAUGCCUCGAACGGUCCAACUGCUCGAAGCGGUCACCGGAUGGUAGCAUCGAAGAAAAAUAUUUUCGUAUUCGGCGGAUUCCAUGAUAAUAACAGUUCUUACAGAUACUUUAAUGAUCUGUACGCAUUUUCGUUGGAAAAUUAUACCUGGUCGAAAAUAGAAACUAAAGGAGUUGCACCUGCCCCGAGAUCUGGCUGCUGUAUGGUAGCCAACUCAGAGGGCAAAAUUCUCAUAUGGGGCGGUUAUUCGAAAUCUUCUGUCAAGAAAGAAAUUGAUCGCGGAACAACUCAUGUCGAUAUGUUCUCUCUGACAGUAGACAAAAAUGACCCCUCGUCAUAUAAAUGGACUAGCAUUAAACCGGGAGGCAGGAAACCUCCACCGCGAAGUGGAAUGAGUGCAGCAAUUGCAUCAAACGGCAAAGUUUUCACUUUUGGCGGAGUCAUGGAUACUGAGGAAGAUGAAGAAGACGUACGAGGAACAUUUAGUAAUGAAUUGUAUCUAUUAGAAACAUCAUCGCACACGUGGAGAAAGCCAGAGCUUGCUUGUAAAAUGAAAUCAACUAAAAAAGUUCAAAAUACAGAUUCAACAAUGGACACCAAGAUGGAAACUGAACUAAAAACUGUGGUUUCUGAUGACGGUAUAUUCACUAUGUCUGUCGGUGGACCAUCCAAAGACGUUUCUGUCGGUCAAAAUGACGGUGAUAAGCUUGAUCUUCCAGGGCCUUCACCACGAAUGAAUGCAGGCUUAGCCGUAUGCAAAGGUAACCUGUACGUGUAUGGAGGUUUAUACGAAAGCGGAAGUCGACAGUAUACAUUGAGUGAUUUCUAUUCAUUGGAUGCCCACAAGUUGGAUCAAUGGAAAACUUUGAUCGCAAACAGUUCUACGGAAUGGCUAGGUUCAGAUAGUGAAGAAGGUUCUUCCGACGAUGAUGACGACGAUGACGAUGAUAGCGAUGAUAGUUCCGAAAAUAAUACAGACGAUAGCAGUUCUGAUAUGGAUACGGAUUAAUUAAUACCACACCGUUGUAUCAUAUUGAUAAUAAAAAGUUACUUUUACUCAGUUUGCAUCGGCCACAAUUCGCGUUAAGGAAUGAACAACGCGACUGUUUUAAGAUAUUCGCAAUAUUCCUUUCAA